AUUUUCGUUUAGAAUAAUUGACAUUAAGCUUUUAAUUUUAAAAUUUUCCAGUCUCCGUUUGAUAAAAUCUUCGUCGCGUUUGUAUAAAGGCAGCUCUCUAUGCCUCGUGCUCCAUCCACUCUCUAAAAGAUUAUCCCGAGAAAGUUUUCAUAAAUCUUAUUUUCCUUUCCUUUCCGAGAAAAUAAAAUCUCGGACAAAAAACCUCUCUGCUCAUUGAUUUCAUUAGAAUUCAAUUGUUCUCCGAUCCGUUAUUUAUGGGGUUUCUAACGAUUCAUUCCCGUGACUGUUGCAUGGUUUCAUACAAGUGAUUCUUGUUUCAUUUCUUUUGACUCACUAGAUUCAUCUUUUGCUUUCCAGGAAAAUACAGCUGAGGAAAGAGCAUUCUAGACUAACAAGCUAGUCACCAGCGUUUGCUCUGUUUUUGUCCACAUCUUUUUCUUUUUAGCUGAACAAGAAAAUCAGGAGAGCAGAUUUAUUUAUUUUGGGAGAUAUUUUUAGAAAAAUGGGAGUGAAAGUAGCAACAACCUCAACCUUUCAUCAAUGGGUAGCUCAUCCCAUAGUUCACCAUUCCUCUUCCCUUUCUCAAACCGUAGCUUCCUCCGCCGUUUCAAGACGACGUUCCAUCGCUAAUGACGGACGCUGUCGUUCCGUGACGCAGAGCCAGAGGCUUAAUAAUCACUCUUCUCUCUUCGGCCCUCCUUCUUCGAAUCUCCAACACUCCAAGUCAUCAUGUGAGCUCUGGGACUCAACGAGACCAAAGACUACUAAAACUCAGUUGAUUCGCAGAGCUUUCAGUAGCCCUAACGUCGAUCCGUUUUCUGAGGAGGAGUUUUCCAAGAAGAUGCAAGAGCUUGCUCUCAAGUUCCAAGUCCCUAACGAGGAUGACGACGAAUCGGAGAAGAGCAUUGACAUCCAUAGUAAUUUCAGAUCAUCAGAUUCGACGGAACAGCCAUGGCCAGAGAUGGUGCAGAUGUCAAGCAUCGAGAGGAAAGCAAACAGCGUUGAGCUUCCUCUCUCGCUUCGGAUCAUUAAGAGAAAGCUACAGAUGGAAGAAGGACUUAUCAAACAUGUCGGCGAAUCAGCUUGUUGCUCUGUCAAGAAAGCUUUCUCUUCCAUGGUGUUUAUGAUCAGAGAACUUCAGAGCUUCACGUUACACAUGAGAGAGCUUCUUCUCUUUGAAGAUUUACAAGGAAUUCUCCACCGUGUUAGAAAGGAAAUGCAAGCAUCCUUCGUUUGGUUGUUUCAACAAGUUUUCUCUGCUACUCCUACUUUGAUGGUCUCUGUUAUGAUCCUUCUCGCCAAUUUCACGGUUUACUCUAUCGAGAGCAACUCUGCUUUAGCCGCCGCGGUUACUCCCCCGAUGACCACCGUCUCUUUUAGCUUCGAUACGACGGAGCUAAGUGAGAUUCAGGAAACAAACCCGAAGUUUGAUUCUUCCAUGGUGAAAACGUACUCUGUCUCUUCCCCCUACGGGCGAACAUCUUUCGUCGGUGGCGGCGGCGGGAACAACGUACCACCGCCGGUACAAAGCGGAACAGAGGGGGAUGGAUCUGAUCAGUUCAGGAAAUCUCAGUUUUCGUCAUCAUCUCUUGGUGCAACAAGCGCGGAUUCAGAUGUAUCCGUGUCAGGGCAAGAAGAGAUUAGACUGUGGAAUUCGAUCUUGGAGGAAACAAAGAAAAUGGAAACGUUGGAUCACGAGACGAUGAAAGGGAUGAUUUCUCCGGUGGAAGCUCGGUUAGAAGCAGAGGAGUCCAUGGAUUACUUCAAGACAGAGCUUCUCUACCAAACGGGAUUGUCUCAAGAGCCUGAAAACGUUCUGCUUCUUGCUAAUUACGCACAGUUCCUCUACCUUAUCAUCCAUGACUACGACAGAGCCGAAAAAUAUUUCAAGAGAGCAGCAAGAGCAGAGCCGGCAGACGCGGAGGCGCUGAACAAAUAUGCGACGUUCCUGUGGAGAGCAAGGAACGAUAUAUGGAGAGCAGAGGAAACAUACUUAGAAGCAAUCUCCGCCGAUCCAACCAACUCUGUCUACUCCGCCAAUUACGCUCAUUUCCUUUGGAACACCGGUGGUGACGAAACGUGUUUCCCUCUCGACGCUCCACCGCAACAGAACACCACAUGAAACUGAGUCACAACAAUUUGUGUAUGUACAGUGUGUUUUUUUGCCUAAUACAAACUCAUGUCAUGUGGCAACUUCUUUUUUUUGUUUUUUUUUUUUUAAACAAAAAAACAUUUUUGUUUAUAUAACGCGUACAUAAUUCGAGUUUUUUGACUUCGUUUU